UACCUGGAAGCAAUUCUGAGCCCAGUAAGUUGUGAUCCAUGGCUACAGUGCUAAUAUGCCGAAGAUUUCCAAGGCUCAGCAGGGUGACCACAUUCUCAACUACAGCCAAGUGCAAGGCCAAGAGUGGGAGCAGCAAAAGUGAGGAGGAAAAGGAAGACACCCCAGAAUCAGCCACCCCCAGAACCGAAUCCACAGCCACAAUCCAGUUGCUGAAUCCACUGGACUACAGGGUGCUGUAUAAUCCAUCUGCCUAUGCCCGAAGCAGAGCUGCCUCCCAGCAGCAUGCUGCUGGGAGCAUUGGUGAUGCUUUCGCCAGCCUUGGCACCACACAGGUUGGUUCCACCUCUUCUCAAGCUUGGCCACCCAUCAGAAAGCCCAGGUCCAAAUCCCUCCUGGAGCAGACCAUCUCAGCAGGCCUCUCUGCAGCACAGACCAAGGAGGAAGCAGAAAAGGAGAAGUUGGAGCUGCACGACUCCAAGGAGGACCCCCGUGUGUUUCAGAAGGGGAGGCCUGAAUACAGAUCCCUCAGCUAUGACAAGUCUGAGCCAGUAGAGACCCUUCCUUUAGAAGAAGGUGACUCCAUUCUACGCAGUGUGGCCACCUCCAAGGGCAGCCAGAGCCCAGGAGCUAUCACAGAUCACUUUGUCAAGCUGAGCCGUUUGCCAGUGGAACAGCACCCGGCGUUGGUGUCCGACCUCAGGUUUAACAAACUGUGUCACUGUGCUAGCAAAAGCAUGGGCUUGUUCAGCACUUCAGAUCUCAUCCAUGUUCUGAAGGCUUGUGUCCGUCUGCGCGUCCCAGCAACCCAUCCUCUGCUGAAUGCAUGCGAGAAUGAGUUCUGCCGGCGGGUGUGGGACAUGAACCUGGACCAGGUGCUGCUGGUGGCUGACUGCUGGCGCUGCCUGGAGCGGAGCGUGCCUUCCUACCUCAGCAUUCUGUUCAGCUAUGCCAACAUGCACUGGAAAGACCUCACUUUGCCCCACUUUGUCCAACUCCUUUAUAUCAUAGGGGAAGGCCGGAGGUCACCCGCGGACUUGAUGCAGAGGGUGGAGAGCAUGAUUCUGAAGCACUUGGAUUCCUUCACCUUGGAGGAGAUAGGUGCUAUCUGCUUGGGGCUCUUUAAGUCCCUCAGUGGUAUCUCUGACCAUGUCAUGAGGAGAAUUGCAGACAGGGUGUCGCUGCAGAUGGAAGACAUGAGCACUUAUGCUUUGGUGAACGUGCUGAAGCUACUCCGCUACACUCGCAUGGACCACUUGCCCCUCUUGAAGGAACUUGGGAAGGUUAUUCCUGCUCGGAUUCCUACAAUAAACAUCCAGGGCAUCAUGCACAUCAGUCUUACCUGUUCAUCCCUGCACUACUUUGACGAAGGCAUUAUGGCUGCUGUGGCUCUGUCAUUGCCAUCUAAGGUGGCUUACUGCCGAAGCAAAGAUGCUGCCAAGUUCUUGUGGUCCUUUGGGUGCCUGGACUAUGAACCUCCGAACGAGGAAGAGUUUUACUCCAGCCUCAUAGAGCAGAUGCAUAGAAAACUCCACGAGUUCGCCAAGUUUCCAGAGCAUCUCCUUACGGGUUUGCUUGGCCUGGCAUUUGUCAAACGCUUCCCAGAGGAGCUGAUAGACUGUGCUUUGAGGGAUGAGUUUAUCCAGAGAACAAGAAGCAGUAAAUACGAGCUCCAGAAGGACCUGUUCACCCUUAGUAAGAGUGUUGAAAUCGAGUGCCCGAGCUACCAAGGCAGCCGCCUUCCACCUCAGCUUUCCCAAGAGAUCACCGAGAUGGUUUUGACUUUCGCAGAGCAAGAAAUCUACGUCAGGCCUGAGAUUGUGGAAGCCACAGCUCUUCUCGAGAGCAUGUUGGGGGGCCGCGAGUAUGUGAAGAACCACAUGAUCCUGCCUCACACGAGAUCCAGUGAUCUGGAGGUCCAUUUGGCCAUGGAUGGACGUCCCAUCCCUUUCAACGUAGAAGACCCUGUUAGAGUGAAGAAACUAAAAGACAUUGGAGUUAGUUUAACGGAUGACUUAAUGUUUCAGCUUAUAAAAGGGAGAUCUAACAACCAGGCUCUCAUGGAAGUGGGUAAUGAAGCUGAGACUGCCAGGCGGGAGCGAGGAGAGCAAGGAUGGACACCAAGCUCAGGGAGGGAUCAAGCUGUGCUUUCAGGUGGAUCUCUUGCAGAUGCCUGCCUUGAAGCCCCCCCAUCCCUUAGGCUGAACAGGCAUCCUCAAGGGGUGAAGCUGGCUAUCCAGGUGUCCAACAGAAACCACUACUGCUACUGCUCCAAGCGCCUGUUGGGGCUGCACCGCCUGAAGCGGCGGCAGCUGCAGCAGCUGGGGUACGUGGUGGUGGAGCUUCCCUUCUGGGAAUGGUUUCCCCUGCUCAAACGCACGCGGCUGGAGAAGCUGAGCUACCUCCAGUACAAAGUGUUCAACCCAGCACUGCUGAGCAGGGCUGCUUAAGGUUGGCGGGGAGCUUGCCCACAGCCUCCCCAGUGCAUCGUGCUCUGCGGUUACUGGUUAGAAUGGUCUCGGAGUGCUGGUUAAGUGUCUGGCUGGUGCUCUGUGUGCUCAGCUCUUGCUGUGUUAGGCAGUUCUGCUCUGCUGAGCCGUGUGCCUCUCCUUUUGUACAUAGAUCCUCAAAGCACUUCUGUGACAAAUAAAAACUCAUGGCCUGUG